UAAUAUUCUCUUACUUUUCCUCCAUUUACUAUUCCGUUUCUACGGAAAUACUGUAAUGCAAAACAUAUCAUAUGCACUACAAAAUAGUUAUUUUAACAGGUGGGUUUUUGGUUUAGUCAGCGACCCAGUUUUGAUCAUUCACAUAGAGAGACGUUCAGAGAGGGAGGGAUAGAACUGCCAUUUGGGUGGUUUUGAUGUGGAAUUAGUGGGAAUUUUGACAUCAAAUAUUGUUUUCUGGGGGACUUGAUAGAGACAAGGAAUUUACAGAUUUUUCCAAGUACAGGGUUGAAGCUAAUUUCUCAAAAGUGGCUUUGAAGUUGAGGGUAGAGAAAGCUUCAUACUAAAGGCUUAUUGGGCUGAUCAAUGGGGAAAGAUUUGUGACUUGAAUGGAUCCUAAGGCUUUUAUCAGGUUGUCAAUUGGUUCACUGCAGUUGAGAGUUUCCAGCGGAGGAUUGACUGCCGUGAAAUCUGGAUACCACAGAUUAACUCCUCCAUGUUCAUGUGAAAUCCGUCUUAGAGGUUUUCCUCUUCAGACAACUUCAGUUCCCCUAGUGUCUUCUCCUGAAUCUAUUUCCGGCUCUCAGAACAUCGCCUCAAGCUUUUACCUUGAAGAGUCCGAUCUGAAAGCACUAUUGACACCUAGGUGUUUCUUUGCUUCACACUCUUGUCUUGAGAUAAUUGUUUUCGCAUCACAAAAGGGAUCCCAUUGUGGUAAAAGGCAACAAAUUGGAACAUUUAAGCUGGAAGUAGGCCCUGAAUGGGGUAAAGGGAAGCCGGUGAUUCUUUUCAACGGGUGGAUAGGCAUUGGAAAAAGCAAGCGGGGUAGUGGAAAACCUGGAGCAGAACUUCAUCUGCGUGUUAAACUUGACCCUGAUCCAAGAUACGUUUUCCAAUUUGCUGAUGAGACCAAAUUGAGUCCUCAGAUAGUUCAGCUUCAAGGCACCAUUAGGCAGCCUAUCUUCAGUUGCAAGUUUAGUCAGGACAGGGUAUCCCAUCUAGACUCGUUGAACAAUAUCUGGUCAUUUUCUUCUGAUGACCAAGAAUCCGAGAGGAGAGAGAGGAAAGGAUGGAAGGUGAAGAUCCACGACCUCUCUGGCUCAGCCAUUGCUGCAGCCUUCAUAACCACUCCCUUCGUGCCAUCCUCAGGUUGUGAUUGGGUUGCCCGGUCCAACCCGGGAUCCUGGAUGAUUGUCCGGCCUGAUUAUUGCCGGCCUGACAGCUGGCAGCCAUGGGGGAAACUUGAAGCGUGGCGCGAGCGCGGGGUCAGAGACUUAAUCUGUUACCGUUUCCAUCUCCUCCCCGAAGUCCAUGAUGGAGGAGGAGGAGGAGGGCAGAUUCUCAUGUCCGAGAUUUUCGUCAACGCUGAAAAGGGCGGCGAGUUCUCCAUCGACGUUGAUAAGCAAGUUCAAGCUGCGGGGGUGGCAACUCCGGUGUCAAGCCCUAAGAGCAGCGGGGAUUUGACAAUGUUAAGUCCAGUGGUAGGGGGGUUUGUGAUGAGUUGCAGAGUGCAAGGGGAAGGGAAGAUCAGCAAGCCGUCAGUGCAAUUGGCAAUGCGACACGUUUCGUGCGCAGAGGACGCCGCUAUCUUUAUGGCUCUCGCUGCUGCCGUUGAUCUGAGCAUCGAAGCAUGCCGGCCUUUCCAGAGGAAGCUCAGCAGGCGGACCCGGCACUCUUGGUGAAUUCAAUCAUUUUACAUGGUAGUGUUUGGUUUGUUAGAAUGACUUUCAGAAAGAAUUCAUGAUGGAAUGAUCAGUCAUUGUAGUUGAUGAAUGAUGAUUCCAUUCAUAAUGCAGAUUUGAUCAUUUUCUUAGCAAACUAAAUGUCGCAACGAGCAUUUUACGGCAUAUGAUCAUUAUAUUCCGGCGACAUUCUACUGAACCACACUCUACCAGUGUAGUUGUGGUUUUGAUUUUGCUCUUGUAUUUAAUCUUCUGAGUAGGAUGAAAUGUGACGUUCAACGGA